GUAGGCAAGGAGGCCACUUCCGGCAAGGCCACUUUCUACGGCGGAAAUCUCUCCGGCGGAAUGUGUUCUUUCACCGGUUACACUCUCCCUGCAGGCCUUUUCGGAACUGCAUUCUCAGGUGCUGCCUGGGACAAUGGCGCAAACUGCGGUCGCUGUGUGAACGUCAAGGGACCUAACGGAAAGACCAUCAAGGCAAUGGUUGUCGACCAGUGCCCUGAAUGCGAGCCUUCCCACCUCGAUCUUUUCCAGGACGCCUUUGCCCAGAUCGGUAGCAUCUCUGAUGGCAUCAUUCCCAUCUCUUACGACUUCGUCGACUGCGGUAUUUCAUCGCCAAUUACUCUCAAGAACAAGGAGGGCACCAGCCCUUACUGGUUCUCGAUGCAAGUCAUGAACUCCAACAAGCCCAUUUCCAAGCUCGAGGUCUCUACCGAUGGCGGUAGCAGCUGGAAGAGCACCACUCGCCAGGAGUACAACUACUUCGAGAACCCCAGCGGCUAUGGAACAAGCUCUGUUGAUGUCAAGGUCACAAGCACUGACGGACAGAGCAUCACCGUCAAGGAUGUCAGCAUCGCUGCAAGCUCGACCAAGACUGGAUCAAGCAACUUC